AUGAAGGUGAUGGCACGUCUUGGAGUCAAGCGACGAGCUUUCGAGCCAUAUGGAACGGCUUGCGUGCAAAAGUGCAAAGACUAUGUGGCCGGCCGCUUAGCAGGCACCGCCGAUGCCCAAAGUGGGCCAGUGCCCAUCCCUGCCGCGGUGUUGCUGCAGGUCGUUGGAGUCGGUGCAGUCAUGGCGAUGGUGUUGCUGCAGAUGGGAUACAUGGCCUGGGUCCAGUACAACGCUCUCCGCAUGUUGGCUGUGGCCAUGCUGAGGCCGAUCGAGCCCCUCUUCAAACUGGCAGGUUCGCCCUUGCCGGCUGAUGUCUUGGACUUCGCGAUGCCUAGGAUCAUUGCUACCUUCUAUUUGGCAUGGGUGUGUUGUGGGGUGUACCUGAUUUGGCUGAUGCGCUCAGUCCUUCACGGCUAUCGCAGGAUGUUCCGCGAAUUCUCGCUGGGCCGCCGCUACCACGGCCAGGACCUCGUUCGGGCAGUUGGGCCAAGCGUCUUCCAUGCGCAGUGGGCCACCUACACCUGCGGUGCACUGAUUGGCAAUGCCGCGAUGGCGCUGGUGCUCUUCAUGUUUGUCCUUUGGCUCCUCUUCCUUGUGUUGAGCUUGCCGCAAUUCUGGGAAGCUCAGUGGGCCCUUCGAAAUUGGUGGAUCCUUUACGGGCUGCUCUACGUCACGCGCUGGAGCAUUUUCCGGUGGGUUAUACCGCAGCGCGUUGUGACGCCAGAUGGCUCCGUACUGCGGCGGCGUGUCUGGGAUCUCGUCUUCCCAACGCUCACGCUCUUGAACUUCGUACUCGGCGCGACCAGUGGUGUUAUCCGGAGUCUGGUCAUUGCGCCCUACCUUUUGAUACACUUCUUCAGGAUAGACAUCACCUACCUUCCAAGCGACCUUUGUGACCCUUGGCCGCAAUCGCAGCCUUGGGUGGCUUGGUGUCGGCAGGGCAGGGUGUCCAGCACGGUGUCCGGUAUCCAGAGCGCCUCUGAGCCCGCCUUGCUAGAGCUGCAGCGGCUAGAGCGUGGAGCCCGGAUCGAGGCUCGACUUGCUUUGGGCGAACCCAGGGCGGGGCUCAAUGCUGUGAAAGGCUAUUUGUUUGAUGGGCUUGAUGACUGGGCAAUCUUGGAGGCUGCAGGACUGGCAGAUGCUUUCAUCGUAUUUCCAGAGCCGCCCGCUGCACCAGCCCAGCUGAACGCAACAGUCGAGGACAGCAAAGUCUGCUUGCGUCUUUCUAUUGGUUUCUGCAUCGGCUGCAGUGCCCUGCUGGAUCUGGAAGGCAAACAACAGGAGGAGCAGGAGAUGGGCUACAUGGCGACGGCUGUCCAAGGUGGCCACCCGUUGCGAGAAGGCUCUUGGGGGAAAUCUAUGAGCUGGCAAAGGGCACUUGUCGGCUCGGCCAGGUUUGCCAAUCCCCGCGCAGUGCCCGCCAACUCGGGCGCGCACAACGUGGCAUCCUUAGAUUGGGACGUUAGCUUCCAUGCAGAUAUUGCAAGCCCGGCCCGCAGAGCCUUCGCGCACGGCAGCGCUGGCAAUUGGCUUUGUCUCUUCGUCGGCUCCGAAAGGGCAGUGGCCGGGCCGACAGUGCUCCGGGCUGCCUGCAACGGCCAGACGUGCAAGAGGCUUGGAAGCCUUCCUCGACCUUGCCCGCAGCGGUGCACUGGCCAAGUUUUUCUGGUUUCAGGCAAAGGUGCCUUCGACAAAGAGGCGAGCGCAAGCUUCAAGAAGCUGGCAAGCCAGAGGUGGACAGUGGCGAUGUCGCUCUUGGGAUCGGACUGGGAGGGCUUGUGGCUGCCAUUCAGCCCACUAAUGAUCGCGAUGCAGGCUUGCACCCGUCAAAGCCAUUGGCAGCGUUCUUUGGCACUUUUCGGCUCCGUGUCCUCCUCCCUGUCACCAGUGCUAUACAGCGCUGCCUUAAGUGCCUGCGAUAAGGGUCAGCAGUGGCGCUCGGGUUUGCAAGUGCUGACAACUCUGCGGCUAGAGCGUGGGGAAGUGGACACGGCACUCUACAACGGAGCGAUUAGCAUGUGCGCGAAAGCACAGCAAUGGCAGCAUUCUCUGGCACUCUUUCAGGACCUACAAGAGGACCGGCUUCAACCUGACCUGAUCACACACAACUCACUGGUGAGUGCAUUUGAGAAGGGCGGGCAGUGGCAGAGAGCUUUGGCCGCUUUCGAAGAAACCUCAAGCAUUGGCCCCAGCAUCGUGACUUACAGCGGCUGCAUCAGUGCGUGCGCUCGAGGGGGUCAGUGGCAGUUCGCCCUUUUCCUCUUUAAAGAGGCGAAGGAGCAGAGUGUGGGGGUGGAUGUCAUCCUUUGCAGUGCGGCCAUCACUGCAUGCCGGGGCGACCAGUGGCCCAGAGCCUUGCAGUUGCUCACAGACUUCGAAGACACCUCCCGAGCAAACCUGGUGGCUUACAGCGCGGCUGUAAGUGCCUGUGCACCAGGGGGGCACUGGCAGCAAGCUCUGCAGCUGCUUGUUCUGGCGCAAACACGUGCUAUCAGGGCUGACACGGCCAUUUACACCUCGCUCAUCGCAGCCUGCGCUGGCGCAUCUAGCUGGCAACAAGCCGUUUUCGUCCUGCGGCAGCUUCGCUCUGGCAUGCUGAAGGCGAAUCAGAUCACCUAUAAUGCGGUCCUCAGUGCUUGCGAGAAUGCGGAGGAGUGGCAGCAUGCCCUCGAGGUCCUGGCCUCUCUUCGGCAGGAGUCGAUUCAGGCUGAUGUCGCCAGCUUCAGCUCAGCAGUCGGAGUUUGCGGCCGAUGCUGGCACUGGCAACAGUCUUUGCACCUCCUGUCCGCGGCCCUGCAGAACAGCGUGCAGGCAAACGUCAUCCUGUACAGCACUGCGAUAUCAGCAUGCGAGAAGGGCAACCAGUGGGGAGUGGCUCUCCACUUGCUGGACCAGGCACAACGGGUGGCCCUGCGUAUCGACGUCGUGGCCUCUAGCGCAGCCAUCAGCGCUUGCGAGAAGGCGGGCCAGUGGCAACGAUCUACAUUUCUCUUGGAAGGGCUUGGUCCCAAUGAAGCCCUGGUUAUCAAGGCGUGCACCAGUGACAGCCGCAACUUUGAGUCUGCGUGUGCUACCCUUGUGGAGCACUACAGUGGUGUGCACCUGCGCGCUGGAGGCACCUUGUUAGGUGGACCAAAUGAAGACCACCGCCGCAGCGGAAAGGGGCCGAGACAAGGCUCCAUUGGCAAAGGCUAUUCCCGAGGAAAGGGGAAAGUUUUCGUUAGGAAGGCCUACAUCGCUGAAGAUGAGGCCCUGGCUUUUCCUGAGGAGGAAGGCUUCGGAGACGAUGACAACCAGGACAUCUAUCAGGAGACCUCGUACCCUGCUCUUGGGGAUGAACAUGGCUACGAGCUCGAGAGGGUCUGCGGCCACGUGUCCCAGGAGCAGCGGGAGCACGUGUACACUAUGGAUCCAGCAGUGAUGCGCGGCACAUUCGCGGACGAAGUGCCCCAAGAGUUCAACAAGGAGAGGAAGGCAGCAGCUAAGCGCAUUCUGGAAGCGACCGAACAGGCCAUCACGACGGUGAUGGACCAGAGCCCCGGUCUCAUAAAGGGUUUGAAGAAUUGCACCUUCGCGGUACCUCCUCGACCUCCCAGCUACAACGGUAGUCCAAGGAACCACCCUGGUGGGUCCUUGCCUUGGUUGGUGGAUCUGGGAAGAGAGCUGUUACUCCGAACAGGCAGCCGAAGGCCACAGCAGCGGAUGGCCGCGUGGGCAGUCCCGCCCGUGACUGCGUCACCCAGAGGAAGUAGUGGGUCCAACGCGGUCCCCCCACCACCGUUGCUUGAGGCGGACCAACUUUGGAAGGAACCCUCCCGUUCCGCCGUGCGGCCAGGUGGAAGUGGUGGUGGACCCCCUGCAUGGUGGGCCACCCAGUGGCGACGCUUCUUCCAGCACGCCAGCCGACUAGACUGGACAGGUAGAGCCAUCCACUGA